GAGGUUUAUUCAUUUGUUUUGCACUUGUCUAAAUUGACGAUGGCGGUAUUUUGUGUGUUGUGAUUAGAUUUGGGAUGUUGUUAGGUUUUAGCGGGACCACCUGGCCGUCACGUUUUGCCUUUUCGGUUGCUUGAGGGCCGGGAAGAAAGAACAAUUGUCUGACGGACACGGUCAACUGCCAAACGCAAACACUCUCGGCAUGUUUUGCUGACUUUGCUGCCAAAUUUAUUGACUUUUCUUUGGUUUCAAAACGAUUGAAAAUCAAAAGAAUGCUAUCACAUGAUGCAACUUAGAGAUGAUUGGAUUAGUAACACCCAUUGGUGAGCGAUGAAGCGCGGUGAAAGGAGGGUGCAAAGACGUCAGUCACCUGUGAGAAGUCGCCGCGGGGGUUCCCAGUCGGAGGGAAGGGGUAACAGGAGACCAGCGUCGCAACUUGAAGACCCCACCAACUUCAGCAGUCACCAUACAAGACGUUCAAGGAAAGCAAGAAGAAGUUUAGAAAAGGUCUUACAAAAGCUUGACGCAGAAUGGGGCAAAGAGAACAUCCCAGCCUGUAAAUCUACACACCUUACAGACGUGCGUCACCCCUACACAGGUGUAAAUAGGACAGUACGCAGCCCUGUGUGCCCAGAGUCACCCGACAAAAGCAGACGCCUCCACGCCGAUGGCCCCGCUGGACGUGCCCAUAAGUUGUCCUCCACGGCGCUAGCAGAUAUGAAUGCGUACGCGUACCCGGAUCCUAGAGUUACGGACUGGGGAGUGCCACAUGCAGAGUACGCCCCCAGGCCCUACACAGCCCCUCCUGCAGGGCGGCACUACUCAGGUAUGCCUGGCUACGGGCCGCCCUGGUACCAGACUGACAUUGUGUACUCAUCCUACAACACUGGCGGAGGGGUGAAGCUUGUGGAGAUCACAGACGAGCAUGCCGAAUAUCUGCAGAGUCUGGCCACUACCAAAGGUUUUGCGGAGGAGGACUUUGUUCCCCAGGAAGGACAUGUUCAGGAUGUGAUCACCAACUCCCCACCAGUGGACGAGCCACUAUCCUGGAGGGACCUACAGACCAGCCCAAACCCACUCAGCCCCAGACCAAAUUACUACCCGAGUUACGAGCACUCAGACUACGGCUCGGUUUCCCCUCCUUAUGCAGCGUCUCCGGAACAUUAUAGGCAAGGGCUGGGUUAUCACGACUCAUUCGCACCGGAGGAUAGAAGACUGGCUUGCAGCUUGCCAGCACCACAUAAGACUGGAAGCUAUCCGCAUGUCCGGCCAUCUCAGAGUCCUACCUACGGAUUGAAGUACGGUAGUACCCAAAGGGGAGGCGUGUCCCCAGAUAGACCAUACUCCACAGACCAUGAACAGGGGGAUCUGAACAACAGUUUUGACUCUAGCUUCUCGUCAGUCACUCUGUCAGAGUUGGCUCCAUUGGAGCAGAGCGGGGCGUCAAGUUUGUUCACGGAGAGGUCUUCACAAAUGGCUACUCUGGAGUGGGACGGGCUUAUUCCCAACCCAGACAGUGCCAUCCUUGCAAAGCAGUCCCGGGAAUUCCAUCCUACUACGUACAGACAAAGCAAUGUAGGAAACUCCAGAUGUCUACCCUUAGCCUACGAGCCGACGGAACGCCAGCCUUUGGAAGUAAAAGGCGAUUCCUCUGCGGCAUUGAACUCAGGAGUGUCAAAUGAUGUUUCCUCAAAGCAAACCAACGUCCGUGUGUACUCUCGUCAUUCGGCAAACUCGUCACAAAGCAGCGCUCCGGCGCUGAAAAGCGCCUGCACUUUACGAGUAAACGGCUCCCCGGCCAAAGCACAACAGCCAUACAGACCAAAGUCGUCCGGCAGUAUUUCAGGGGACAUUUCGCAUUCCGUUGGCGUCGGAAGCGCUAGAACCUCUCUGGCAUCGAGUCGACAAUCAAACCGAAAUUCCUCAAGUUCUAGUGCAUCCAGUAGUGUUGGACCCACAAGCUUAAGGCUCAGGCAAGAAGACAUGAUGCCAUUGUCCAGGAGCAAUGGAUUUGCCUCUGUGUCUAGCACAGGAUCUUUGAACUCUCGACAGUCCAAUUGUUCACCACUAGGGAGAGAUGAACUCAGACAGAGCUCUAGGACCAGUUCAGCUCAACUUGCACUGAGCUUGCCAAAGGAGAUUCCAUUGAGGAGUAGUCGAAAAUGGUCCUCCCAUCUUCCAACCGAAAGGAGGAAUACAGCACUAAACAGAAAGGACCUUGAUGUUUCAACUCUACAAAGCCACAGACUUCUGCCCAAGCAACAGGUGAUCCCCAGUCAGACUCUGAGACAUGGCCUUGAUGGUGCCUUCCACAGCAGACAGCUGCCCAGCAUACGUAGAGCCUCCUCCGCACUGUGGACCAUCAGGCUCAUGGAGUCACUACAGGGUGUAGACACACAGGUCCGAGAACAGGUUCUCAUCAAGGCAAGGUGCUUUAGAAGAUGGAGACUGCAUGUUAGGUUACAGAGGCUGUUGAGACAGGAGGAAGCCUAUAAGUUGCAAAGAGCUGUGCAAUUUUGGAGAUUAAGUGUACUUUCCAAGUGCCUGAUUUCCUGGAGACACCACCUGGAGCAGCAGAGACAGGCAGCAGAAGAGCUGUGCCACAGACACCUGCUGAGGAAGGGCCUGCAUGGGCUGCAGUUUGCUGUCCAGCAGCAGAGGGCGCUGUCAGGAGCUAUCAGUCGCAGGAGGGACAGUAAAGUGCUGGUUAGAGCUUGGAUGAAGUGGAGAGAAGCACACUUGUCCAAACAGAAGGAGAUCAUGAAGAAUGCCUUCGAGCAGUGGCACAAGUUCAAGUCUGAAUCUGAGAGGUUGAAGGCAAUGGUUCACAUGGCAGACCAGAAACUUCUGUCCCGUACCUAUCGGUCAUGGAAGGGCCUGCUGCAAACUAUGCAGAAAUCUGCUGUGGCCAGACUACACUACAAAGUGACUCUGCUGACCAAGUGUUGGCACAGUUGGAGGAUGUACUCAGCACAGAGAAUAGUCAAGGACAGGCAGAAUGACCUAGCCAGAAUUCACUAUGAGGAGAGACUUCAGAAGAAGACAUUUGAACACAUGAAAGCCAUGCAGGUCAAAUACCAGACAGCAAGAAACCACAGAAGCCAUGUAGUACUAGCCCAGUCGUUGAGCCAGUGGAGACAGUACACACAGGUAGCCAAGGUGCAGCACGUGCGUGAGGUCAGCCUGUGUAAGGAACACUACAGACUGGCCCUGGUCAGGGGAUGCUUCAGGAGGUGGAGACAGGAGCUGAAGGCUGCCAGGAUACACCGCAGGAAACAACAGGAACAUGUCAGACGGGCCCUCCAAGUUUGGCAGUUACGGUGGAAGAGAAACCUCAUGUACAGACGGAUCACUGACUCCAUGGCCAGAAAGUCCCUGAAGAGAAGAGUGCUGUACAGCUGGCUGUCUCGUACCAAACAGCUGCGGGAGGGCCGUGAGCAGGCCUGUGACGUGUUGCAUCGCCUGGUGCUGAAGAAAUCCUUCACAGCAUGGAGGGAACAUGUGCAGUAUAGGGUAGACCUCAAGACAAAGAUGCAAGUUAUCUGCGACAAGAGACAGCACAGACUGAAGCUGGUCAUCCUGAAUCACUGGAGAGCACAGUUUCAGUCCAGACUGUCUCACCAACAAGCCAGGGACAUGUGGUCACUCAAGUGUGUCAGAAAAGCCAUACAGAAGUGGAGAUCUGUGGUGCAUAGGAAGCACCUGGAGGUGUUGUUAGUCAGGACACAGCCUGUCCGCGACCAGAGGGUGACCAGAGCGGCGUUCGGUGCCUGGCUGUUGGCUAAACGAGUGUCUGACCACGACAGACUGAGGGUGGACAUGGCCAGACAGGUGGUACAGAAGAACAGGCUCCACAGAAUGUUUACUGCCUGGAGAAUCCUCAACCAGGAGACUCAAACCAUCGCUCCUCUGGCUGCCAGGAGGAAGAGGAGAGAGAUCGUCAGAUACUGGGAUGCGUGGAGAUGGGUAGUCCUGAGGAAGCAGCGGUGCCAGGCCAGCCUGGAGUGUUUCCGACGACAGCAGCUGUACGUAGCCUUCUCCCACUGGCACCAGAGGGUCAACCUCCACCACAAACAACAGGCAGCAGUAACCAAACUCGACAUGUCAAAAACAAGGAGGGCCUUCCAAGGUUGGAGGGGAGUUGUGGAGAGGAAACAUGAGUUAGAAGAAAAGGAAAUCCAGCACAAGGCCCAGGCUCUGAAGAGAAGGUUCUUACACUGGCAGCAGCAGGCUCAGCUCAGGGAACUCCAGAGGGAAGUGGAACAUGGCAACAUGGCCCGUGCCCGUGUGCUGUUGUCCAAUGCCCUGAGCCACUGGCGACAGUAUGUAGCAGGACAGAAGAAAGCCCAGGCCCGGUCAGCAGACAUGCUGCAGGAACAGAGGGCAGAACUGCUGCUCAGGUGGGCUCUGUCACAGUGGAAGGAGAGACUCAAGGCACAACAGGUCGCAAAGGAGUUCCGUGACUUGCGUGAGGAGGACCACCUUCGGCACAUGCUGCGUUCCUGGAACCUCCACUCCAAGGAGUCAUUCCGCCAGUCUGUGGAGCAGUUCAACCAGUCCCUCCUCAACCUGCAGUCUUCUGUACCCAGCAGUGAUCAGGAGUCCACUGCAUCACAGGUGUCCUCCUACGAGAGCAGUGGUUUCCAUAGUAACACCACGGCGCCGCAGUGGUCCACCAAUAGCAGCGCAGGAUUCCAGGGGGCGGGGUUCCACGGCGCGGUGGCUCCGGAGCUGUCCAACAACAGCAGCGGCUUCCACAGCGGGAAGAGGCCCUCCCUCACCACCGACCCGUCUUCCGAGUCCAGCGACACUCGCUCAAGCUUCCACCGCUUUCCUCAAUGCCAUGCGUGGGAUGCUGACGUCAGCUCGAGUGAAGAGAGCUGCUCAUCAUUAGUGCCAGCUGGCUGGCCUCGGCGCAGAACCAGUCAGUCCACAGAGUCCACCCUCAGCGGCUGGUCAGAGUCUGUCGGUGUGGACAUCCCCUGUUCUUACCUUCAGGACUUCCUGACAACAGCCCUGCUUCGCUGGCGACACUGGCCGGUGAGCGUUGCCUUUUCCCAGUGGAAGGAGUUUGUGUGUCGACAGAAACAGCUGAGACAGCAGGCAGGCCAGCUACAGCAGCGCUGUGCACAGAUCCACCUCAAACAUGCCUUCAGGGAGUGGAGACAUGCCACCAACAACUCUCUCAAGGCACACGCUCACAGGGAGACAGUUGUGUUGUCAGGCUCCCUCCGUGCCUGGUUACAGUACACAUCCUACAGAAGGAGAAAGGCACAGAAGAGAAGAGUGGCUGACAGGCAUGCACAGGACACCAUGGUGUGGAAGGCCUUCUGUACAUGGAAGAACAAGGCGAAUGACCUGCGUCGUCUGCAGAAGAUUGUGGAGAUCUGGCAGGGCGUGAUGAGUGAGAGUCAGCAGCUGGAGCGGGUGGCCAGGCAGGUGCAGGACGCCAUCCGGCUGAAGAACAUGGCGCAGUGCUUCCAGGUGUGGGUGUGGCGCGCACGACAGCUGCAACAGGUGGAGCGCUACCACCAGCACGUCAACGUCAAAAGGCAUUUCCAAGCCUGGCGUACUGUCGCAUGUGAGCAGGCAGACAGGAGAGAGAAGUGCCAGGCCUUCAGACAACACCAGCUCAGGCGCCACUUCUUCCAGCUGUGGAAUUUGCGGCUGCAGCAGAAGCACCAGGUGGAGGUGAGGCACCUGCAGGCUGUGAGGCAGAAGAUGAAGGGUGUCCUGAGACAGUGGAGGACCUGGGCGGUGGAGUGUAGGGUACAGAGAGCGCUGACAGCAGACCUACAGGAGAAACAACAGAGGAGCCAGCUGCAGACAGCCUUCCGCACUUGGAGGAUGAGAACACUACUGAGUCAGAGGAUCAAGGCCAGCAUCAACAAUGGACUUCUCACUAGUUGCUUCCAGUCCUGGCAUGAGGUGACCCAGAGUCGAAUCCAGGAGAGAUGUAAGGUACAGGACUUUCAGGAGCAACACAAGACCAGGCUGGUGACUGGAGCCUUCCAUCACUGGAGGAGCAGGCAGAGACAGGAGAGAGUCCUGGACCAGUACUGGAGGAGGAAGGACAGGGGUGCUCUGGAGGCUGCCUUUGACUGUUGGAGACAGAAAGCCUUGGAAGGGAGAUGUAAGAAGCACAGGGCUGCCUUCUUGUUGCAAAAGACGUUUUCCAAGUGGCACCAAGUCUGUGAGGAGAAUCAGCGUAGGAAGGAGAGGCUGCUGGGAUAUGCCCAGCUGUGGCACCACAGGACACAGUGGUGCAAGGACAUGGAAGCAGUGGCCAAUCAGCACUUCCAACAGAAACAACAGACCCAGCUGAAGGCAGCAUUUGCCAUCUGGCAGACCAGCUACAAGCAGGUGCAGCUGGGGCAGCAGCUGUUCCAGCAGGUGCUGGUGCAGAGGACAUUCCACAGCUGGCUGCAGGUGGCCAGGACUCGCGUCUACCACAAGAACCUGGCCAAGCAGUUUCAGAGCCGCAAGAAGCUGCAACAGGUUUUCCUGGCCUUCCAGAUCUGGAGGAAUGAGUACAAGCUUCGCCAACAUCACCACGCCAUCGUGGCCCGUCAGACCCACCGCGCAACCUCACGUACCCUCCACACCACCUUCACGGCCUGGAGGAGCCUGGCCAUGUUGGCACGCGCUGACAGGUUUCGCCAACACUCCCUACAGAAGAGGGUGUUUCAGGACUGGAAGGCAGCGCAGGCAUCAGUGGAGACUGCUGAGUUGUAUAGAGAAGAGAAAGAGAGGGGGAUGGCAAGGCUAGUGUUACAGAGUUGGCACCAGUGUGUACAGGAACGGAGGGACAGGGAGGCAAGAAAGAGGGCCUUGGAGCGGGCUCUGGGUGAGAGAACACUGAGGUCAGCCUUUAGCCACUGGCGAACGCAAGCCACAGUCCUCACGCAAGUCCACCAACACUCCACUACGGCGCUACAGAGGAGGGCGCUCCGAGGCUGGCAGGACGUCGUCCGUAGGAAGAGGCGACUUCUCGAGGCAGCGGAACAAGCCAGAGCCAUUUCUAACCAGCUCCACAUGCAGGCGGCGUUCUUCUCGUGGCAGCAGCAGUAUCGCGCGUCCCAGGAACGGAACGCCAUCGCAGAACGUGUUCUCGGGAAACAGGAAGAGGAACGGCUGCGAGAGUCGUUCCGUACGUGGGUGGACGCGGCCAGGCAGCGCGCAGCGGAGAAGCACCACCUCCGCAGCGUGGAGAAGAAAGUGUUCCGUCACUGGAAGAUGUACAUCGUCAUGAGGAGGGAGGAGGCUCGGCACCAAGAAGAUAUGGAGGCUCUAGCACUGCACCAUUACAACCAAACACUAUGUCAUGUGUACCUGAAGGCAUGGCACAGAGAAGCCCUGGUGUGUAGGUACCUGAAGAGCUGUGAGAAGCGCACGGAACAGAGAAGCUGGGGAACGUGGAAGUCAUCUGUGGACAUGGCCUACACAGCAGAUCAACUGUUCACACACAACAUGUACCACCGCGUGUGGACCACAUGGAGGAAAGAAAUGGGCAGGAGGAAAGCCGUCAAGAACUUCACAGCUCACGAGGAGAAACAGACAAUCUCACAGGUGUUCCAAGCCUGGCACAAGUGGGCAUCUCACAAGCACAAGAGCCAGGACCUGUACCAGAGGAAGGCUCGUCAGAUCCUACAGCACUGCUUCAACCGCUGGUGCCUCCACCUCAAACACAGAACCUCCCCCUCCCCCACCAAGAGUCGUAUCCCCGUCAGGAAACGGGCAGGCUCCACCUCCAAACUUGCCAACAUGCCUACCAUUCCAGAGUAGUGCUGUGUACCAGUUCGCUGGACCGGUUCCGGACUUGUAAAAAUGUUUAGGAAAACAUUGCCAUCGGGCAUCGUCAAGUGU